CCCGCACGUGCCGGUGAUGAUCGUCGGUGCUGGUCCCGUCGGUCUCGUCCUCUCCUUGCUCCUCACAAAAUUAGGGGUUAAGUGUGCAGUUCUAGAGAAAAGCACAGUUUUUUCUCAACACCCGCAAGCUCACUUCAUUAACAAUCGUUCUAUGGAGAUUUUUCACAAAUUGGAUGGUAUAGCUUCGGAUAUCCAGAAGCUUCAACCUGCAAUUGAUUUGUGGAGAAAAUUCAUAUACUGUACUUCUCUUUCUGGUUCAGUUCUUGGGUCAGUGGACCACAUGCAACCUCAAGAUUUUGAAAAGAUAAUCAGUCCGGUAUGUGUUGCCCACUUCUCACAGUACAAAUUGGUUAGCUUGCUACUUAAGAAGCUGAAAGUUCUCGGAUUUCAUGUUGGUACCCCUGAUGGAUUUGAGGGCUCAAAUCCUGGUUGUACACUAGAAAAGAGGAUUUUGAUGGGCCUGGAAUGCAUUUCUAUCGACUCAACUAAUGAAGGUGUCACAGUAGGAGCGAGUUUUCGGAAUGAAGGGAGAGUGGAAGAGAAGAACUUUCACUGCAGCUUUCUUGUUGGCUGUGAUGGUGCAGGAAGUAUCGUUCGAAAGCUGGUAGGCAUAGAAAUGAAAGGUGAAAGUGACUUGCAAAAACUUGUUAGUGUCCAUUUCUUGAGUAGAGAUCUUGGACAAUAUCUAUUGCAUCAGAGACCUGGGAUGCUCUUUUUUAUUUUUAACCCUGAGGCUAUCGGGGUUCUGGUUGCGCAUGAUCUCAGCCAAGGGGAAUUUAUUCUUCAGAUUCCCUACUAUCCUCCUCAGCAAAGCUUCAAGGAUUUUAGUUCCAAGGUAUGUGAAGACAUUAUUUUCAAGCUGGUUGGAUGGAAGCUUGAAGACGUCAAAGUUGUAGAUAUUAAACCAUGGGUGAUGCAUGCACAAGUUGCUGAGAAAUUUGUUUCUUGUGACAAUAGAGUUAUACUUGCAGGUGAUGCUGCUCAUCGUUUCCCGCCAGCUGGUGGUUUUGGUGAGUUGCCAAUAAUAUUUUUUGCUUAAAAUUGUUCUCCAGAUCACAAACAAAAGGUCUUAUGAUUGACGAGUCAACUUGUAAUUGUGAUCUAAUCUCAAGAUAUUGCCAAUUUAACCUUUCUAGCCCAUACAGCUGUGAAGAUCCUAAUUCCUAAGUGCAUGAAUUGCUUGGGCAUAAUUUGACAGUAAGGUUAUUAUGUGUUCGUGGUACUUUCAGAAACUUAGAACAGUUGAUGCGCAAGUGUGCUUUACGUCUGCUAACUUUCGAUUGCUAGCGCCAGUUAGCUUCUAAUAUAUUUUAAUAACUUAUGUAUCGUUAUAGACAUGUAAUUGUCUACUAAUGUGUUAAAGCUAAGUUCAAUUAUUUUGGAAAUUCAUUUACAACAAACUAUCUUGACGGCCUCUCUCCAAAUGCAUGUCAAGGAUUAGUCUAAUCCUUUAUCUCAUACAAAAUCUUCCAUGUUCACUACGAGUUGCUCAGCAUCUUAUAUGCAAGCAAAGAAUCGCUAAGAAAUCUAUAGAAGCUGUAUUCAGUUGCAUGGUUACCAAAAAAAGAAGGGAAAAUGCUUCCAGCCCCAAAAGCCAAGAAAACGUGCUUCCCACCCCCAAGACU